UGAAACCAUCACAGGAGUACUGGGAGGCCAUCCCACUGCUUACCAAUGUGGUGGAAGACCCCAUGUCACAUGAUACUCUAUCAUCUAUAUCCUUCCAUGCUGCCAUGUCAUUCCAUACGGGCUGGAGCAGGUUACCUGAAGAGGUCAGCAGGAACAUUGAGAGGGCCUUGAAAGAAGGGAAGUUGCCAGAAGUGGUCCCUGUCGUGAGGGAGACCAUGGAGAGAGUGUCUAGAACCCCAGUGAGCAUCGCAGUGACCGGGGACUCGGGUAAUGGCAUGUCAUCCUUCAUCAACGCGGUUCGAAUCAUUGGACUUGAAGAGACUUUGGCACCCACUGGGGUGGUGAGGACCACCCAGACACGGGCUGGCUACCCUUCCUCCCGCUUUCCCAAUGUGGUGCUGUGGGACCUCCCUGGCCUGGGGGUCACAGCCCAAAACAUGGAGAACUAUGUGGAUGAGAUGCAAUUCAGCCAAUAUGACUUCUUCAUCAUCAUUGCGUCUGAGCAGUUCAGCACAAAUCACAUGAAGCUUGCCAGAAUCAUUCAGGAGAUGGGAAAGAAGUUCUAUGUUGUGUGGACCAAGUUAGACAGAGACCUCAGUACAAGUGUUCUCUCAGAUACACGGCUCCUGCAAACUAUCCGAGAAAAUAUCCGAAAAAAUCUCCAGAAGAAAGGGGUACAUGUACCCCCCAUAUUCCUGGUAUCCAACUUUGACCCUUUACUUUAUGACUUUCCAAAGCUCAGAGAUACACUGAAAAUAGACCUCUCUAACAUCAGGUGCAGUGGUCCCUUAGAUAUCCUUUCCCACUUCUGUGAGGAGAUCAUUAAUGAUAAAGUGACCUCCCUGAAGAGGAGAGUGGCCAAAGAAUCUUUGAAGAACUCUCUUGGCAUCAAGGAUGCUGAUGACUUGGGGGAGGUUCUGGAAGCCUACCAUUUGCUCUUUGGUGUGAAUGGUGAAUCACUUCGUCAGGUGGCUAAGAGUAUGGGAAAAGAAGUAACAGAGUACAUGGCCAUCAUGAAGUCCCAGGAUUUGCACACCCUCUGUGGCAGGGACUGGAAACUAAAAUCCAUGACUUGUCUAGUUACGAGCGUGCUUCUCAGCCCAUUUUGGUAUAUUCCAUUCUUGGGUGGCCCUGUCAUCCGCUUCUUCAGACACAUGAGAUGCAGACGCAUUCUUGAGUUAAUUGCCCAGGAUACCAAGACCAUCCUGAAAAAAAUCCUGGAAGAUUCCAUCAUCUCCACUUGAAAUUCAACUUUGGAAAUGAUCUGGAACACUUUUUCCUCACAUGGAUUCUCUUCUUGGAUGGAUCCCUGUUUGGUCAGUUAAAAAAAAAAUCAAGAGAUAUAAGUUUCUAAGGGCUUUAAAUUCAUUGAAAGGAGUUAAGAAAACUGUUCAUCUCACUAGCCUCAAUUGUAA